GCUUCUUUGUACAUAAAGCAAAAGACACAUCCUAGUAGAGCUAAUGUAAAAUACAAAAUGUCUAAAAAAAAUUGUCUUUAGUCUAAUCUAGAUAACAUGCUCAUCAUUACAACCUAGAUUAAAUAAAGUCAAUUGGUUAUCCUUGUUUGUCAUUAGAAAUAGAAAAAAUAAAAGAAGCUGUAAAAGCCAAGAAUUUAUAAAGUGAAAAAACUUUAGAAGAAUUUUUUAAUGCUUGCAUGGUUUUAAAAGUCCAUAUGUCACUGCACCAAACAAUUUGUCAUCUUGAGUUUCCUCUUCCAUCAUAGUACCUAACUUUCCUGAAAAAUCAUACUUCUUCAGUGAAGAAUCAAGAAUGAGGAAAUAUUGGCUGCCAUGUUCAAGCAUUUAUGCAAUUUUUGCUUCUUUUUUACUUCCACCUUUCAUAGUUUGUUUAUCCAAUGAAGACAUCCAACUCAACAGCCAGUUGAUUAGCAUCAACCAACAUGUUCCCAAGGUAAAUUCACACAAGAUAUUUGAGAUUGAAAUUCAUGGAAUUUUAUUAUGGGCUUCACUGGGAUUCUUGAUGCCUGCUGGAAUACUCACAAUAAGACUCUCCAACACAGAGGAAUGUAGCAGAACAAAACUCAAAAUUCUCUUUUAUGUUCAUGGAACUCUUCAGGUGGUCUCUGUGCUGUUGGCUACUGCUGGAGCUGUGCUAUCAAUAAAGAGCUUUGAGAAUACGUUCAAUAACAAUCACCAAAGAAUAGGCUUAGCACUUUAUGUUGCCAUCUAUGUCCAAUUACUUAUGGGAUUUCGCAGGCCUAAGAGGGGAAGUAAAGGAAGAAGUGUAUGGUACUUUUUCCAUUGGCUACUUGGAACAACAAUAUGCUUGGCAGGAAUUAUCAACACUUACACAGGCUUAAAUGCCUACCAUGAAAGAACAUCUAAGCCAAUAAGCCUUUGGACAAUAAUUUUUACAGCUCAAAUCUCCUUCAUGGGGUUUUUCUAUCUUUUCCAAGACAAAUGGGAAUACAUACAAAAGCAAGGUGCCAUUCUUGAAAAUAAUGAAACUAUGACACCCCAAGUGGAAAUAGUUGUCCCUCAGAGUGGCGAGCAAAAGAUGAUUAUGAGAACUGAAUCAGGGAGGAAAAGCAAUGCACUUGGAACUUUCUUUUCUAGAAGCAAUGUCCUCAACAAAUUACUUCAACAAACUUAACUGAUUAAUGUUUAGAGAUAAGCAUUCGGUACCUCUCGAAUUAUGACCAAAGUUGCUAUGACACUCUCCAACUUGGGUCCUAUUACCCUUAAACUCAAUUUUAACGUAUUUUUGGCAUCCUUUUGUGCUAACGUGACAUCUUUAUUAUAUAAAAUGGGAUCUAUGCUAAAGGUGUCAUGUCAGCUAAAAAGGUUGACAAAAGGUAUCACGUCAGCACAAAAGAGUGACAAAAAUACGUUAAAAUUGAGUUCAGGGAGGUAAUAAGAGUCCCGUAAAAUUAAAGUGUCAUAGUUCAGGAAGUACUCGAUGCUUCACUCUGUUUAUGGAAACUCUUUAUAUGUACUAAAGUUUUGGUGUAUUUUUAUUUGAGGCACCAAUUAUGUGAAUGCAUCAUUAUAACAUAGGAGGAAACUUAUUUUAGUCAUUCAAGCUAUCCUUUUCUUCCCCAAACACGAAACGUGAUUUUUUCCUCAAGAGUGAUUAUUAGGUAGUUUUAUGAUGUUUGGGGAAUGUAUUUUCUUGUACAUAGAUUAGAGUAUUCAUCACGUUUGUAUUGUGUGACGAUAUGAAUGCUUUAAAAUGAUAUUAUAUUUUCAAGCUAA